UCCAAAGCUUUCAUUCGAUCCAUCAAACUCACACACACACAGACAUACAUUAUGAAGACCAAUAACAAUGGCAACAACACCAAGCUUAUUCUUCUGCAUGCCUUCAUCCAGAAACAAGGAAACCCGAACCGCCUUUGGCUCAUCGCGCUCAUGUCAGUGUUUGCCUUAGCAUCCCUUCUGACCCUUGUCUACACCCGUGAAUCGUUCCAUACAACCACCACGACACAUAUCACUGCCACCAUCAACCACCAACAUCAAUCACUACCUAAAUCAGUGGUGAAAGCCCUUGUUCACUAUGCCGCCAACGCCAACAGCACUGACCACAUGUCGCAGACUGAUAUGAAACAGAUCUCUGAUGUCCUCAAACAAUGCACUUCCCCUUGUAACUUUCUUGUAUUUGGGCUCACGCGAGAAACCCUCCUCUGGAACGCUUUGAACCACUAUGGACGCACAGUUUUCAUAGAUGAAAACCGCUACUAUGCCGCCUACAUGGAGGAAAAGUACCCAGAAAUUGAAGCGUAUGAUGUCCAAUACACCACCAAGAUCAGUGAGCUUAAUGAGCUUGUGACUUCCGUUAAAGAACAAGCACGCAACGAGUGCCGACCAGUGCAAAAUUUAUUGUUCUCCGAUUGCAAGAUUGGAUUAAACGACCUUCCUAACCAAUUGUAUGAAUUGGACUGGGACGUGAUUUUAGUGGACGGUCCACGUGGGUAUUGGCCGGAAGGUCCAGGGAGUAUAUCAGCAAUCUUCACCGCCAGUGUUCUUGCCCGGAGCAAAAAGGGAGGGAACCAUAAGACCCAUGUGUUUGUUCAUAACUAUAACAGAGAGGUGGAGAAAGUGUCUAGUGAAGAGUUUUUGUGUAAAGAGAACUUGGUCAAGUCUUCUAAAGAUUUGUUGGCUCAUUUUGUGGUGGAGAGAGUGACGGCUGAGAGUGGCACAAACCAGUUCUGCCACAACCAUCCGACGACGACGACUUCCUAGGCCGCCAAUUACCAUUUUGUAUUGUUUACAACAUAAUCAUUACUCGGUAAUUCGGUUUAGGAUAAUCGGGAGUAAUUGUAUUAUAACAUAAAAACAAUCAUUUUACAUUUUUUUCAA